AUGUCUCUUCUUGGCCAAGUGAACUCGCUUUUAAGCUAUCUGCCGGAGCUACCUUUUCCGAAGAAAAAGUCGUGUGCUUCCGUGGCUCCUCCAGUCAUCAGCCAAUCGUCCUAUCACUUUGCUGACAUGUCAUCGAUAGUUCGUAUUGCUGGAUUAUCAGGAGCUAUGGCAGUAGCACUGGGAGCCUACGGA